AUGAUACAGAGACACAGCAUCCAUGGCAUGACAGAGGAGGAAAAUGUGGUGCGGCCGCAUCAAGAGAUGGCCGUGCUCUCAUUGGAGGAGAAGAAGUACCUCCUGGGCGUGGAGCGAGGCGACGUGGCGGGCACGAGACGUGUGUUACAGCGCGCGCGGGACUCUGGACACAUUAACGUGGACUGCGUGGACCCGCUCGGUCGUAGUGCACUGCUCAUGGCUAUCGAUAACGAGAACCUUGAGAUGGUGGAGCUGCUUCUGGAGUUCGGCGUGGAGACGAGGGAUGCGCUGCUGCACGCCAUCUCAGAAGAGUUCGUCGAAGCUGUUGAAGCGCUGCUCGAUCACGAGGAACGCUCGCGCAAACCUGGGGAACCUCAUGUAUGA